UGUGUGUGUUUACCUCUCGCGCGCGCAGAGGGCGUUGGUCCACUGAGUUUACUCAGCACACCGACGCGCCGUCGAGGAGGAAAACUUCACUCUCAACUUUGUACAUAUGGAAACUUGUGGACUCUUUUAAGUAAGGGAUGGAGGCAGAGCGAGACGAGUCUCUUGACCUCAGCCACCUCACAGAUGACGAGCAAUCCGCCAUCCUGCAAGUCUUGCAGCGUGACUUGGAGUUGCGUCAUUGUGACGAAGGACGUGUAAGGCUCCUCCAGCAGAUGGAGAGAGAUCCAGCACGUCUGCACUCUCAGUCAGGAGCAUGGUUCACAGAGGAGCUCAGGAAAAACCAUCACAACUGGUCAUCAGGUACAGACCUGGUCCACGCCACCAUACAAAAGCGGAAAUCAAAACGUAAAGAUGUGUACUUGAGUGAAAUGUUUAACAGCAAGGCAGCACAAAACAUACCCAGUCACAACAACGUGUCUCCUGAGUCAAGCAGAAGAUUAGAUGGAAACAAAGAAGAGGAGAGAGAAGGGAAUGCAGAACUUACAAGAUGUACAGCUUCACCCAGAACAAAGAAUCUUGAUGUAAAGUGUCAUCAGAAUGGAAAUAUUUCCACAUCAUGCAAAGAAUGUGAAGGAAAAAUUAACGGCUACAUAGAAGAAACAGAGGAUGACUGUGAAGGACACAGUGGAGAAACUGACUCUGUGCGCAGCAGCUUGACAGAACCGGAUCUGUCCUCUCUGAAAACCACCGGCUCUGUCAGCAGUGUUCAAUCCAACCACACGCUCAGCGGUAGCAUGAUGAGCCUGUUUAGCUCAGGGGAUUUUGGAGUGGUGGAGGUGAGGGGCCGCAUCCAGUUUUCAUUGGUCUACGACACACAGAAGGAGGAGCUGCAGGUCAGAGUAUACUGCUGCGAGGACCUCGCGUCAGCACGGAAGAACCGCUGUGAUCCAUACGUUAAAACCUAUCUCUUGCCGGACAAGUCAAGCCACAGUAAGAAGAAAACUUCAAUCAAGAAGACCCUGAACCCAGUCUAUGAUCAGACUCUCAGGUAUAAAGUGCGCGUGGCAGAGCUGCGGAGUCGGACUUUGAACCUGUCUGUGUGGCACGCUGAGCCCCUGCGGAAGAACGUGUUCCUGGGAGAGGUGGAGGUGUCUCUGGGCCUCUGGGAUUGGACCUUCACACAGCCGCUCUGGCUGGACUUGCAAGCACGAGUUCAUGUGAGUCCAGACUCCAUUAGUAGUCGAGGGACAAUCCUGCUCUCUAUUAAGUUCAUCCCAGAGGGAUUUGAUGGUGGUGGUUUGCCUCUCACAGGAGAGCUUCACAUAUGGCUUCGGGAGGCGCAGUGUCUCUUGUCCAUCAAAGGUGGCCCUAUGGACUCUUUUGUCAAAUGUUAUAUACUGCCAGAUGCCAGUAAGCAGAGCAGUCAGAAGACGCGGGUGGUGAAGCGCUCAUUUAGCCCGACCUACAACCACACCAUGGUGUAUGAUGGCUUCCACACCAGCGACCUGAGAGAGGCCUGUGCUGAGCUAACAGUGUGGUACCGGGAAGGGAUGAAGACACACGUUCUAGGAGGAAUUCGCUUGAGCUGUGGUACUGGUCAAAGUUACGGUGAAGCUGUGAGCUGGAUGGACUCCACAGAGGAGGAGAUUGGUGCGUGGACCUCUAUGAUCAAAAGCCCAAACCACUGGAUAGAAGCAGCUCUUCCAAUCAGAACUAACCUUUCCCAUCGGGCCGAAUGACUUGGACAAUAAAUCACACUGCAGCAUACACAUUAAUGUUUGGACUGAACAGGAAUUGUCACACGACACCCUUUCUCUGUCUUCCACAUAUGCACAAAGGAAUCAGGUUUUGGUGUAGAAAUAGCAUUUUUAGUUCUUGAAACAUAUCUGUGUGCUUUUCACAUGUAUUUGUGUUGGUUCAAGAUGUUUGUCUGACAAAAGUGCCAUUGAUUUUUCUGUAAAAUAUCAAAAUCUGUCUGAAUCUUAUUUUAUGGACUUAUUUUAUCCACCAAAUUAAGAAAAAUUUUAUUUUUCUUAAAUGAUGUAUGUCCAAAUUCUUUGUUUUUUUGUCUAUGCCAGAAAUAUAUACAAGUACAUAAUUACUUUAUGUAUGUGUCAUGUGAAUAUUAAUAAAAUAUUUGUCCUGAGCUC